UCUAAAAAAUAAAAUAAUAAUCGAAAUUCAUUUUCUAUAAGAUUACAGAGAAACAAAUCAAUGGAAGUUCAUUUCCCGGAAAAAGCCAUAAGGAGAAAUUUUCCUUCUCGAUAACUUCCAAAAAAAAAAAAAGGGAAAAAACUCUCUCUCUUUUUCUUUUUAUCUUCCUUCGAAUCGUCAUCGGACCCCAUUUUUCCGAUUUGCUAUUGCGAUCCAUGGCGUCUGGUUCAACUGGUCGGCCUAAUUCGGGCUCUAAAGGGUUUGAUUUCGGUACCGAUGAUGUUCUUUGUUCUUAUGAGGACUAUGGUAACCAGGAAUCUUCUAACGGCAGCCAUAGCGAUCUCUCUAUUGCGAAUUCUAGCAAGGAUUUUCAUAAAAGCAGAAUGUCUACAGUGUAUCCUGCUGCUGCCUAUGGUCAACCAGAUGAUUCCAUAAAACAAGAUGUAAUUUCUACUGUUGAGAACAGCAUGAAAAAGUAUUCUGAUAAUAUUUUGCGUUUUCUAGAGGGAAUAAGCUCACGCCUAUCACAACUUGAACUGAAUUGCUACAACCUUGAUAAAUCUGUUGGAGAAAUGCGAUCUGACGUACUUCGUGACCAUGAAGAGGAAGAUUUGAAGCUUAAAUCUCUGGAGAAGCAUCUACAAGAGGUCCACAGGUCAGUGCAGAUUAUAAGAGACAAGCAAGAGCUCGCUGAGACUCAGAAAGACCUAGCCAAACUUCAUCUUUUGCAGAAAGAGUCAUCUUCAUCCAGCCAUUCACAUUCAAAUGAUGAGAGAGCUUCACCAGUUGCUUCUGAUCCUAAGAAGAACGAAAAUCCGUCUGAGAAUCACAAUAAUCAGCAAUUAGCUCUCGCCUUACCGCACCAGAUUGUCCCACACCAAAAUCCUAUUACACCACCCCCUCCAGCAGCUUUGCCACAGAAUGUACCUCAACAGCAAUCUUAUUACAUCCCUUCAAACCAAUUGCCAAGUCAACCAACCCAUAUCCAGCAUGCCCAGGGCCAAUAUCAACAACUUCCAGAUGUUUCUCGGUUGCCAUCACAGAUGACCAAUGCCCAGCUAAGUCAAACUCUACCACCACAACAAUUCAAUCAGUAUCAACAACAAUGGACGCAGCAGCAGCAGCCACCUCAACAGGUACAACCUCCACAACAACAGCCUUCUAUUCAACAACCUCAGAUCAGGCCACCGCCUACUUCAGUCUACUCUUCUUAUUCGAUGAAUCAACCGACUUCUAUGCCAGAGACUAUGUCAAACAGCAUGCCUAUGCAAUUGUCAUUUUCACCUAUUCCUCAGCCAGGCUCGAGCCGCAUAGACACCGUGCCAUAUGGAUAUGUUGGAAGUGGUGUUACCGUGUCCCAGCAACCUCCUCAAGUAAAAAAUGCAUUUGGACCACAAGCCGGAGAAGGUUAUUUACCUUCUGGACCGCAAUCUGCGCUUUCCUCGGGAGGUUCAUAUAUGAUGUACGAUAGGGAAAGUGGAAGGCCACCACACCAUCCUCCUCAACCUCAACAACUGCCACACCAUCCUCCUCAACCCCAACAACCACACUUCAACCAAAGUGGAUACCCUUCAGCCAAUGCACCUCUUCAGAUUCCUCAGCAUUCAUCAAGUCCCCACGUUAUCGCCAGGAAUCCGAACCAUCCGCAUUUUAUGCGCAACCAAAACCAAAACCACCCUUAUGGCGAAAUAGUUGAGAAACUGGUCGGCAUGGGUUUUAGGAGUGACCACGUUGCUAGUGUAAUUCAUAGGAUGGAGGAGAGUGGCCAACCUGUCGACUUCAAUGCUGUUCUAGACGGGUUGAGUAAUUCCGGAGUUCCUCAGCGGGUAUGGUGACAGUAAUUUUAGUAGCAGAGUCGCCUGUUUGUUUGUUGUUUGUAUGUUGAAGCUCAUAUCGGCCAUGACCAGCCUAGCCUUUGCGUCUUUUUAAUGCAUUGAAUAAAAAGACUGGUUUUUAGGAUUCCACUGUGUUCUCCCUUCUCGUAUAUAUAGAUAUUAAUAUGGCUUGCGAGAUACAAAAGAAGUUGAUUGUAUUUUAUGUUUAAAGUUUAAACUUUGUAUGAAUAUCUUCUACCCUCAUCUCUAAUCUUACCAGAUGAUUACCUCUUGAUGUUGUU